CUUCAUGCCCAACAUUAUCGCCGCUCACUCAAACUCAUUCAAUCUGAGUGUGCCGCAUAUACAAGCUGUAUGUGUACCAGCUGUUCAUUAAAAUGACGUGGGACAAAAUAGCGGUGUUAUUUUUACAACUUUUAUGGACAGUUCACCGUGUCACUGCCAUUCACAGACAUGACAUCUAUCCAUAUGGGAUGUUAUACGGCGAUGUAGCUCUGCAAGAGGGGGACGAUGAGACUUCUAAAGUGAUCACGCUAACCAAACCCAUGUACUUCUAUGAGGCGUCCUUCACCAACUUAUAUGUGGCCACCAAUGGAAUCAUCUCAACUCAGGAUCUUCCCAUGGAGAAGCAGUAUGUGGAUGAUGGCUUCCCUACCGACUUCCCUGUCAUCGCCCCCUUCCUGGCUGACAUUGACACCAGCAAAGGAAAAGGAUCCAUCUUCUACCGGCAGACGGAGUCUCCUACCGUGCUGAAGCGGGCGGAAGCGGAUGUCAAGAGAGGCUUUCCAGAUGCCACGUUCACCCCUACCCAUGCCUUUAUCGCCACCUGGGAGAACGUGUCAGCUUAUGAGGAGGUCACCCGCAGCUCUCGCCCAUCCAAUCGGGUAAACACGUUUCAAGUGGUGCUUGCGUACAAUGAGAAGGAUACUUAUGCGCUCUUCCUAUACCCUGAGGAUGGCCUGCAGUUUUUUGGGACACGGCCCAAAGAAUCUUACAAUGUCGAAAUUGAGCUUCCAGCUCGUGUGGGUUUUACCAGAGGAGAGCUGUCCUACUUCUUCUUUUCUCGGACUGAAGGGCCUUACUACAGCGUCACCAGCAACGAGCAGUCUGUCAAGAACCUUUACCAAAAGGGAAACAUAGGAGAGCCUGGAGUUUGGCUUUUCCAUGUUGGAAACAGAUAUUCCUUCCAGAAUGUCGUUCCUGCACAGCAUGAGGUUGUUUCAACCAAAGCUCCCCCAGUUCUGGUUGCUGUGUUCUCUGAUGAAGACUACACAGAGGAGGAGUACCCCAUCGAUCCAGACUUUCAGGAUCCCACCACAACAGAGUUUCUUGAGCCAGAGCAGGACUCCUCCCUACUGGAGCGUCUCAACCAGGAGGCGCCUCUUGGUCAAUCUCCACUUCAGCCCUCAGUGUCUGGUCCAGGUGAAUUUCCUCAGCCUGAUCCCCGUAAUCUCCCCCCGGAGGAUGUGACCCAGCCCCAGCGGCCAUUACCAAAGCACGCAAUUCUGCAGGUGUACCCGAACCGUGUGAAGGACGUCCCACCUCACAACUCUGGUGGCCAAGUGUUCAGUGUUGAGGAGAGAGUGAACUUUGAGUCUGGAGUGAUCCAUUACUCAACCGAUAAUAAAGAGACAUGCGAGCGCUUCCAGCAGCAGUGCAGUCAGAACGCACACUGCACAGACUAUCCCACUGGCUUCUGCUGCCACUGCAACUCAGGAUUCUACGGCAACGGCCGCCACUGCCUGCCAAACGGUGCACCUCAUCGUGUGAAUGGUAAAGUCAGAGGGACUGUGCUGGUGGGUGGCACAGUAGUGCAGCUGGACAGCAUUGACCUGCAUGCCUACAUCGUGGUUGGCGAUGGGCGAGCGUACACUGCCAUCAGUGAGGUCCCGGAGCCGGUGGGCUGGGCCCUCAUGCCUGUGGCCCCCAUUGGAGGUCUGUUUGGUUGGCUCUUUGCCCUGGAGCUGCCUAACAGCCUUAAUGGCUUCAGUAUCACCGGUGCCGAAUUCACUCGCCGUGCAGAUGUGACCUUCUAUCCUGGUAACCAGCGUCUCAGCAUCGUCCAGACAGCUACGGGUUUGGAUACCCAGAACUACCUCAAUGUGGACACUCAUUUACAAGGCAGUGUUCCCUUCAUCCCUCCUGGUGCUACAGUGCAGAUGGAGCCAUUUAAGGACACCUACCAGUAUUAUCCUUCAUUGAUUACCUCCUCAUCAGUGCGUGAGUUUACAGUCGUGUCAGCUGAAAAAGGAACAGAGACCCUCACUUUCCAGGUCAGACAGAACAUCACAUACAGGGAUUGCACUCACGGGCACCGCAGAGGACUGGAGACACAGGAGCUGAGAAUGGAGCGCAUAUUUGUUAUGUACGUCAAAGAGGAGCGCAUCCUUCGAUAUGCCAUCACCAACAAGAUCGGCCCUCUCGGAGCUGGAGAAACCGAGCCAGAAAAUGUGAACCCCUGUUACUCUGGAAAUCAUGACUGUGACACAACUGCACAGUGCGUGCCGGGCGAGGGACAGCUGUUCUCGUGCCAGUGCGCCACAGGUUACAGUGGAGACGGUCGCAACUGUUAUGAUGUGGAUGAGUGUGCAGAAGGUCUGAGCUCCUGUGGUGCUCACUCUCACUGCGUGAACCUGCCCGGAAGCCAUCGCUGUCAGUGUGAGGGCGGAUUUGAGUUUGGAUUUGAUGGCCGCACAUGUCAGGAUGUAGACGAGUGUCGUGACCAGCCGUGUCACGCCCAGGCCUUGUGCUCCAACGUUCCGGGAUCUUUCCACUGCCAGUGCCAACCAGGAUACCAUGGAGAUGGUUUCCAGUGCCACCCUCAAAAUGGUCGUCCCAAAACCCAGUGUGAGCAGCACAGAGACAGUCUUCAGAGCAGAAACGAUGGUGUUCCUCGCGUAGGAGCCUUCAUCCCUGAGUGUGAUGAGGAGGGUCAGUACAGGCCUCAGCAGUGCCACGGGUCCACAGGUCACUGCUGGUGUGUGGACAGUAGGGGGCAGGAGAGAGCAGGAACCCGAACUCCACCUGGUACCCCGACAAUAAACUGUUAUGAGCCUGGUCGUCUCAAGACCCAGUGUGAGCAGCACAGAGACAGUCUUCAGAGCGGAAAUGAUGGUGUUCCUCGCGUAGGAGCCUUCAUCCCUGAGUGUGAUGAGGAGGGUCAGUACAGGCCUCAGCAGUGCCACGGGUCCACAGGUCACUGCUGGUGUGUGGACAGUAGGGGGCAGGAGAGAGCGGGAACCCGAACUCCACCUGGAACCUCGAGAAUAAACUGUGACGAGUCUGGUCGUCCCAAAACCCAGUGUGAGCAGCACAGAGACAGUCUUCAGAGCGGAAACGGUGGUGUUCCUCGUGUAGGAGCCUUCAUCCCUCAGUGUGAUGAGGAGGGUCAGUACAGGCCUCAGCAGUGCCACGGGUCCACAGGUCACUGCUGGUGUGUGGACAGUAGGGGGCAGGAGAGAGCAGGAACCCGAACUCCACCUGGAACCCCGACAAUAAACUGUGAUGAGCCUGGUCGUCCCAGGACCCAGUGUGAGCAGCACAGAGACAGUCUUCAGAGCGGAAACGAUGGUUUUCCUCGUGUAGGAGCCUUCAUCCCUCAGUGUGAUGAGGAGGGUCAGUACAGGCCUCAGCAGUGCCACGGGUCCACAGGUCACUGCUGGUGUGUGGAUAGUAGGGGGCAGGAGAGAGCGGGAACCCGAACUCCACCUGGAACCCCGAGAAUAAACUGUGACGAGCCUGGUCAUCCCAAGACCCAGUGUGAGCAGCACAGAGACAGUCUUCAGAGCAGAAAAGAUGGUGUUCCUCUGGCAGGAGCCUUCAUCCCUCAGUGUGAUGAGGAGGGUCAGUACAGGCCUCAGCAGUGCCACGGGUCCACAGGUCACUGCUGGUGUGUGGACAGUAGGGGGCAGGAGAGAGCAGGAACCCGAACUCCACCUGGAACCCCGAGAAUAAACUGUGAUGAGCCUGUGUAUCCAGGUCGUCCCAAGACCCAGUGUGAGCAGCACAGAGACAGUCUUCAGAGCGGAAACGAUGGUGUUCCUCGCGUAGGAGCCUUCAUCCCUGAGUGUGAUGAGGAGGGUCAGUACAGGCCUCAGCAGUGCCACGGGUCCACAGGUCACUGCUGGUGUGUGGACAGUAGGGGGCAGGAGAGAGCGGGAACCCGAACUCCACCUGGAACCCCGAGAAUAAACUGUGACGAGCCUGGUCGUCCCAAGACCCAGUGUGAGCAGCACAGAGACAGUCUUCAGAACGGAAACGAUGGUGUUCCUCGUGUAGGAGCCUUCAUCCCUCAGUGUGAUGAGGAGGGUCAGUACAGGCCUCAGCAGUGCCACGGGUCCACAGGUCACUGCUGGUGUGUGGACAGUAGGGGGCAGGAGAGAGCGGGAACCCGAACUCCACCUGGAACCCCGAGAAUAAACUGUGACGAGCCUGGUCGUCCCAAGACCCAGUGUGAGCAGCACAGAGACGGUCUUCAGAAUGGAAACGAUGGUGUUCCUCGCGUAGGAGCCUUCAUCCCUGAGUGUGAUGAGGAGGGUCAGUACAGGCCUCAGCAGUGCCACGGGUCCACAGGUCACUGCUGGUGUGUGGACAGUAGGGGGCAAGAGAGAGCGGGAACCCGAACUCCACCUGGAACCCUGAGAAUAAACUGUGACGAGCCUGGUCGUCUCAAGACCCAGUGUGAGCAGCACAGAGACAGUCUUCAGAGCAGAAACGGUGAUGUUCCUCGCGUAGGAGCCUUUAUCCCUGAGUGUGAUGAGGAAGGUCAGUACAGACCUCAGCAGUGCCACGGGUCCACAGGUCACUGCUGGUGUGUGGACAGUAGGGGGCAGGAGAGAGCGGGAACCCGAACUCCACCUGGAACCCCGAGAAUAAACUGUGACGAGUCUGGUCAUCCCAAGACCCAGUGUGAGCAGCACAGAGACAGUCUUCAGAGCAGAAAAGAUGGUGUUCCUCUGGCAGGAGCCUUCAUCCCUCAGUGUGAUGAGGAGGGUCAGUACAGGCCUCAGCAGUGCCACGGGUCCACAGGUCACUGCUGGUGUGUGGACAGUAGGGGGCAGGAGAGAGCAGGAACCCGAACUCCACCUGGAACCCCGAGAAUAAACUGUGACGAGCCUGUGAUAGUGCCUCCAACCCAGCGUCCAGAGACCGUCUGUGAGCGCUGGAGAGCCAGUCUGUUGCAGCAAUAUGCAGGCCAGCCGGAUUCCCGCCACUAUCUACCUCAGUGUGACUCCUCCGGCGAGUUCAACCCGGUUCAGUGCUAUGGAGACAGCAGCUACUGCUGGUGUGUGGACCGAAACGGACGUGAAGUACCAGGAACCCGCUCACACGACGCUGUGAAACCUGCCUGUAUACCGACUGUGGCCCCUCCCACCAUGCGCCCUCUGCCUCGCCCAGAUGUGACCCCGCCUCCAGCAGGCACAUCUUUGCUCUAUGCCCAGGGUCAACAGAUUGGAGUUUUGCCUCUCAAUGGCACACAGAUGGACAAGCAGAGAUCUUCAGUGCUGCUUGCUCUACAUGGCUCUAUAGUGGUCGGCAUUGAUUACGACUGCAGAGAAAGGAAAGUUUACUGGACAGAUCUGGCAGGACGGACAAUCAGUCGAGCCAGUCUGGAGCCAGGAUCAGAAUCUGAGAUUAUCAUCAAUACAGCUCUGACGAGUCCAGAAGGUCUUGCUGUAGAUGUGGCCCGUAGGAGACUGUUUUGGGUGGACAGCACACCAGACAAGAUAGAAACAGCAAACCUUGAUGGAAGUGACAGACGUGUUCUGUUUGACACAGACUUAGUGAAUCCUAGAGCCAUCAUUGUGGACUCCCCUACAGGAACCCUCUACUGGACUGACUGGAACCGAGAAGCUCCUAAAAUCGAGAGCUCCUCAGUGGAUGGACAAAACCGAAGAGUCCUGGUACAGGACGGCAUUGGAUUGCCCAAUGCUUUGGCCUAUGACUCCACUACACGCCAGGUCUGCUGGGCCGAUGCAGGAACCAAGCGCCUAGAGUGUAUAUCGCCUAACGGGACAGGGAGACGUGUGGUCCACAGUAACCUGAACUACCCCUUCAGCAUGGUCUCCUUCGCCAAUCACUACUAUUACACAGACUGGAGGAGAGAUGGGGUCGUUGCUCUCAGUCGGGAUAACCAGUCAACAGAUGAGUACUUGCCUGAUCAGAGGUCUCAUUUGUAUGGAAUUACAGUUGCUCCUCCACACUGUUUAUAAGGGAGACGCUAAUGACAGAGCCAGCGUUACAUGGUGCUAUUCUGGGCGAGCGUUUGGAGAGCUGGUGCUGUGGGAAUCGCGGCGGAGACGUGGACAAGGAAAGAGCCGAUCGCAGAACCCGCAAGUCUCGACAAACGUCACUGUCAAUGCCAAAGUGCAAAUUUACAAACAUGAAAGCGUGAAUAUUUUCUCAAAAUAGUUUUGUAAAUUUGUUUUAUACCUCAUUUCUUUCUACUGUACUUUUGUAUGUGACUUUUUGUUAAAUAAAAAAAAAAAAAAACCCUCAGUUGUGUAAUUUGUACGUUUAUAAAAACACUAAAACAGUAUUUGCGGGAAAAAAAAGUUACAUUUUUUAAUUUCUUUAAAAAACCAAAGUGGUCUUUCACCAACCUUAAUUUUUUUAUCCUUUUUAUCUUUUGUAAGAUGUGAUAUUUAUAACAAUAAAAUGUGAUUGACAACUUUAUUAUGUCUGCUCGCAUUAUGUUUCAGAUUAUAUAUAUAUAUAUAUAUAACAUUUUUCUGCAUUGCAUUAAGGUUUAUUAUGCAACAAAAACACAGUCAAGCUUUUAAUGGUAGCCCGUGUAACUUUUAAUAAGUGCUUUUUUUUUUUUUAAUUACAGGGCAGAACAAUUGCAUAAUAAAAAAAAAAAAAAAAAAAAAAAAAAAA